AUGGCGAGAGCACGCCAGGCUCCGGUCCCAGUGAACGCGAGGUUUAUGGUUUUUAAGGACUGGUUUUUCUUGGAACGUGCAGUUCCCGUGUCUGGAGUGAAUGCCCCUCCGCUGAGCCUCGAGAGCCUGCUCCGCCUGCUGCAGGUUUUAGUGACAGGUCUGAAGAGAGCUCAUACCUUAACAGUCCUGUUCAUCCUCACCUGUGCGCUGGGCUACGUAACCUUGCUUGAAGAAACACCCCAAGAUACAGCCUACAACACCAAGAGAGGUAUUGUCGCCAGUAUUUUGGUUUUCCUGUGUUUCGGAGUUACACAAGCUAAAGAUGGACCAUUUUCAAGACCUCAUCCAGCUUACUGGAGGUUUUGGCUGUGCGUCAGCGUUGUGUAUGAGCUCUUCCUCAUCUUCAUACUCUUUCAGACUGUACACGAUGGCAGACAGUUCAUGAAGUACAUCGAUCCACAUUUAGGUGUUCCUUUGCCGGAAAGAGACUACGGUGGAAACUGCCUUAUCUAUGAUCCUGGCAAUGAAACGGAUCCAUUCCACAACAUCUGGGACAAACUGGAUGGAUUUGUUCCUGCUCACUUUUUUGGCUGGUACCUGAAAACACUGAUGAUUCGAGACUGGUGGAUGUGCAUGAUCAUCAGUGUAAUGUUUGAGUUUCUGGAAUACAGCCUGGAACACCAGCUUCCAAACUUCAGUGAAUGUUGGUGGGAUCACUGGAUAAUGGAUGUGAUCUUGUGUAACGGAUUAGGAAUCUACUGUGGGAUGAAGACUCUGUCCUGGCUUUCUUUGAAAACAUACAAAUGGCAAGGACUCUGGAACAUUCCUACGUACAAAGGUAAAAUGAAGAGAAUUGUCUUCCAGUUCACCCCAUACAGCUGGGUCAAGUUUGAGUGGAAGCCAGCGUCCAGCUUACGCAGAUGGCUCGCAGUUUGUGGCAUAAUCUUUGUCUUUUUAUUGGCAGAGCUGAACACAUUUUACUUGAAGUUUGUCCUCUGGAUGCCACCAGAACACUACUUGGUCCUGUUACGACUUGUCUUUUUUGUCAAUGUGGGAGGUGUGGCUAUGAGGGAGAUCUACGACUUCAUGGACGACCCUUUUAGUAGUAAUGUCACAGAUUGCCUGAGCCCACAUCUUAAGUCUAAGACAACGUCUGGCUUCAAGGGGAUGUUUCCUUGUCAACUGGGAAGAAGGGUCAACCCCCAUUGCUUAGGCGGAUUUCAGGACAUUCAGCAGUGGCAGGCUGCCCCCUGCCUUUGGUGUCGGACCUACUGGUUUGGGACGUGCCUCCAACGCAAAGGAAGUUCCAUAAGAAAUUGGGUCACUCUUCCCUUCUGCAUCACCCAGUGCUGGAUCCUGGGGAUUAUUCUGGUGCUCACCUGGACAGCCUGGCGUUUCUUCAUUCGUGACAUCACUUUGCGGUAUAAGGAGAUAAGGCGGCAGAAGCAAGAGCACAAAUACGGAAAGGACAAGUGCUUGAGCAAUGGUGAUGGACACUCGGCAAUACUGGAUGAACAGAACGAGGACAAACUAAGGGAGAGGAAACUCUGAGCGGGGGCUGAAGGGACCUCGCCGUGCUCCAGGUGGCCUGGUGGCCAGUUUAACCUUAUGCUACCUAACUUGUCAUUUCCAUUGUUAGCUUCCCAGCGUGUGAAAACCCUCUCGGGGAAGGAUGUCACUUGGACACGUGCCCCCUUUCUCCUGACGUACACCUGGUCGGAGGCGGAGAAAGCCCGUGUAGGGGGAAGUCAGAACCAGCACUGCUGCAACGAGAGGGGAUCUUCACUCAAGCACGUUGUAGGUCUUCCUUGAAAACCAGGCGUGGAGACAAGGGGCUUGAAAACAAAGCGCAAAGGGAAUCUAGCUGACCUAUCUCCAGUCAACUGUGAGGUUUCCAUUGUAACGUUUGGGCAUUAGGAACACUUGUUUUGGAGUGCACGGGUACCAGGCCCGGGAAAUGGAUUGGUUUGGGUUUCUCUCUGCUUGAAACGACCUUGAGCUGUGGAGUGAGAGUGUUACCAGUGCUCAGCCACCGAUGACCGGGACUGCAGCGGGAUGAAGUUAGAUCAGCUGGCGCUCGUGAGCACGCUGUGUGACUUGCACGGGGGGUGACGCAGUGGCACUACUGCUGCAGCCCCGGCAACGUGGGGGCUGCUGCCUUCUCCAGACUGACCCGCAGCACCCCCGAGCAGCCCGCAGUAGUGUUGUGUUGUAGCGCAGCUCCAGGGAGGCAGACAACUUCUCCCUAGUCCUUUCUAUUUUUUCUUUUCGUCUUGGUCAUCUCUUAAAUGUACGGGGAAGGUUAAAUAAGGAGGGUGAACCUGCCUUUCCUUUGCUCCGUGGAGUAAAGUGUGUUACAAGCAGGACACUGGGAGCUACUCCAUCAGUCUUAAGUUAUUUGCCUUACUCUGGAGCGUUUCGGUCUUGGUGUCUGCUGCAGGGGACACGUCCGGUUCUGCCACCCUGCAGGGCUGCCCCGUUCCUCCCAGGGUAACCCCAGCACGAGCAACCUCCUCAUCUUCCACCUGGAAAAGGCGUUCUCCGCAGUCCUGCCCAAAACCCUGCCAAAAGAACACGCUGAAGCGAGGUG